GCCCCUGACCCCUGCCUUUGUGAUUGUUAAUUGCAGUAGAGAUCUUUUUUUGUACUGAUGAUGGAGAGGUGAUUAAAAAGUGAAUAAUGUCUGUCUCACGAUUAUUAGUAAAUUUUCGAAAGAAUCUAUUGCAGUUCGAUCAGCUCCGAAGUAUUUCCUUGUCCGCAGCAAGAAAUUUAAAAGAAAUACGAGAAACCAAAAUAGGUAACACAACGAUAGUGGAAGCUGUUUAUGUGCCCCAAGAAAAAGAAAACUUAUUUUUGAAGCCUAAAGGAAACGGAGCAUGUUCUCUCUGCUCUACUAACGUUGAUUUAAAGUACACAGAUGUUUUGAUACUCAAGCAGUUCUUAAGGAAAGAUGGCUGCAUGCUACCCCGCAGAAUAACUGGUUUAUGUAAUAUCCAGCAAAAACGAGUUGGUAUCAUGGUUGAAAUGGCUCGUAGAGCAGGUUUGCUAGGUAGUCUUAAGCCAAGGCACAAACGUUUGUGGAAAGGACUAAACACUUACUACGAUGAAAACACAAUUAAACAGAGAUAUUAUUAAAUUAAGGGGAAUCCAAAAAUGUUUAAACUGUUUUAUAUAAUCAUUAAA